GUAUUCGCCAAUCAGAAUGCCGUUUGUUCAAUGCUUCUCCACCCCCGGAACACUUGUAUAAACAACCCCAAUGAUAGCUUCUGCUUUUGCAGUAUCUUGUAAAUAUGAACAAAGUUGUAGGCGCUUUACGGAGGACCUUUGGCUUAGUACGCGAGCACGUCGGGACGGAUCACUUGGGGAAUAAGUAUUACUUUUUCCCCGAACAGAAGACAUGGACAGGCAAACGUGUCCGUGCCAAGAGGAUGGUGGAGGCCUCCAAUCCUACGGAGUAUGAAUAUAUGGGAGGAAGCAUACCAAUCGAGUGGGACGCUUGGAUCCGAGGCAGACGAAAGGAGCCUCCCUCUGUUGAGGAGCUAGCAGACAAUGAAGCCUACAGGCGGCAGAUCAAGUUGAAGGCCAAGGAGUGCGAGGAGAAAGACGCUUACCUCAAAGCGAAGGAAUACGAAGAAGGUCUUGUUGCAAGCCCUUCCAGAACGGUUGCUACGGGCCAUGCAGCUGCCACCAGCUUUGGCAAACAAGAAAUCAGUGAGGAGCCCACCAGCACCGCCAACACGUUCCAGCCGGGUUCCUGGCGGCCCAAUCCCAAAAAUUAAAGACUUAAAAGACGUCUGUAUAGAACAACACAAUACAAUCUGAGGAAACUGA